AAUAAAAAAGAAGAAGAAGAAGAGAGAGAGGCAGAGAGGUAAGCACGCAACAAGAGAGAGGAUUUCAUGCAAUAUUUAUACAAAAAUCCUGAUUUGCCGCUCUGUUAGAGUUGGCCUAAACCAAUCAGACAAGAGAAGACAAAAAAAAAUGGUUAGUGGGACCCAUCAAUCCCUUUGAGCCCAAAAAAAAAAAAACAGAAAACAGAACAGGUUGUUGUAGGGUGGCUGGUUGGGAUUAGAGAGAGAGAGAGAGAGUAGUGAGAGAAACAAAAUUAAUAAAAAAAAUAAAUAAAAAUAGUGAAAGAGAGAGUUUCCUGAGGAAGGAGACCCCAAAAGAUGGUCGAAGACAUGGUGCUCUGAGAUCAUCCUGGAAAAGGCAGUGAUAGAGAAGAAUAUUAUAACUUAAAUGUUUGAAAAAUAGUAUGAAAUCAAUGAUGAUGAUGAUGAUUUCAUAUUAUUUUUUGUUUGCUGCCUUUUGAGUCUCAAUCUCCAUCCACUGCUAUCCCCAAGAAACUUUCGAUUUCAUUUUUAUUUCUCUGUUUUCUGCAAAUAAUUAUAUUUUAAUCGUUAAUAUUUAAAUAAACUACAUAAAAGUUUGUGUUGCUACGGUCCAAAAGGACCCAGGAACAAGUUAUUCCACAUCGAACAUCCUUUUGGGCUCUUCUGCAUGCUUCACCCAAAAUUUGAGCUGAACGGGAACGGGGUUCUGCGUUUGUUGAUGAAAAGGGUGUUGUAAAAUCGAAUUGAAAGUCGUAAUGAUGAGGGAUCCAGAUAUCAUUAUGGUGGUUCGAAGCGAAGGACUUUUAUUUGUUUGUAACAUAGUUUUUGUUUCCUUUUUCAUUGUAUUUCGUUACCGGUUUUGAAGAAGAAAGAAGAAAAGGGUAAAAGGAAAAUAAAUAAAUAAAAGAAAAAAGAAGAAAAACCUGGCGAUUUUGUACAGUACAUUGUGUAGCGUCGUGGCUUUCAGCGGAAAUAGUCACUGCCUCUACCAUUGUGGAAUCAGGUUCGUCAAGCUAUGGGGGGUAGAUGGAACCCAUUUGGAAUUGGGAUUUCGUGUUUCUUGGUUUUGAUUCUUUGUUCUGGAAUUCGAGUGUGUUGGUCGCUUAAUGAUGAAGGAGUCAUUUUGCUCGCAUUCCGGGUUAGGAUCAAUUCCGACCCUUAUGGUGCUUUCGAGAAUUGGAAUCCUAAAGAUGGCCAUCCUUGCUUUUGGUCGGGAGUUGAUUGUGUAGAUGGCAAAGUGCAUAAACUGAAUAUGACUAAUCUUGCUUUGGAAGGGACUUUGGCACCUGAGCUUGCAAAACUUAGUAACCUAAGAGCUCUGGUGCUCAGCAAGAACCAACUUUCUGGAUCAAUUCUUAAGGAAAUUGGGGAGCUCAGGGAGCUAGAGCUGUUGGAUUUGAGGGAUAACAACUUCAAUGGAACAAUUCCUGCUGAAAUAGGCAUGAUGCAAUCACUGAAAUACUUGUUUCUUUCUGACAAUAGAUUUGAAGGCAGCAUUCCUCUAGAUCUUGGUAGGCUCAACAUGCUCUCUGAAUUUGAGUUUGAUGACUACCACCAAUUCAAAGACUUUCCUGGAAUUGACUACAUGAACAGAAAGUUGGGACACUGCAUUUUCAAGAGACAUUCCAACCACAACAAUUUGGCUUCUUCUUUAUUUAGUCCAAUCAAAGUAGCUGUGACGUAUUAUCUGAAUUUGCUAGAACUGCCAUUGUUCAGUUCCGAAAAGGACUCUUUGCAUAGCAGUAUAUCAGUUUCCUCCAAGUCUCAUGCACUCCAAAUUGGUCAGAAGUUUCUCAGUUUUGCACGCCGCAAGCUACUGGACCAAGCUAGUAAUCUCCCAGCUGCACCUGCAGUUGGUGUUUCACCUCCUGGACAAAUCAUUGCUCUUCCAUUCACCCGAAGUAGUGGGGCUUUCCCAGCUGUACCGAAAGGAAAGAGGAAACGAUUUCAUGCCCCUGCACCACUUCCUUUGCCACCUACUCCUCCAAUACACAAUCCUUCGAAUCCUCGAGGACAUCAUUCAAAACAUGCAAAUGAAUUCCCCUUAAAUUCAACAAAUCAUCCUUUGUCAGAUGAUUCUGAAAGCAUUUGGAAGUAUAUAACUAUUGCUGGAGGUCUGGCUGUCUUGCUUAUUGUUGCUGCAGCAAUGCUCUGCAUGUGGCGAAGCAAAGCUGUGAAAACCAUAGGUCCUUGGAAAACUGGACUGAGUGGACAGCUGCAGAAAGCAUUUAUAACAGGAGUUCCAAAGUUGAACCGUUCAGAGCUAGAAACAGCAUGUGAAGAUUUCAGCAAUAUCCUUCACACUGUUGACGGUGCCACUAUGUACAAGGGAACACUGUCCAGUGGGGUUGAGAUUGCUGUUGCAUCAACCACAGUACCUAGUUUCAAAGAGUGGAAAAAAGCUGCUGAAUUGGCUUAUCGAAAGAAGAUUGAUACACUUUCAAGGGUGAACCACAAAAAUUUUGUCAAUCUUAUUGGUUACUGUGAGGAGGAUGAACCUUUUGUUAGGAUGAUGGUGUUUGAGUAUGCUCCAAAUGGAUCCCUGUUUGAGCAUCUACAUGUUAAAGAGGUUGAACAUCUUGACUGGAAUGCAAGGAUGAGAAUUUUAAUGGGAACUGCUUACUGUCUUCAGUAUAUGCACCAUGAUCUUAACCCCCCUGUAGCACAUCCUAACCUCUCCUCAAAUGUCAUCUUUUUAACAGAUGAUUAUGCUGCUAAGAUUGCAGAGAUUGGUUUCUGGGAAUUUUUCAAGUCAAAGAAUCAGACCGAAAACGAUAAAGAAAACUCAGAACUGCCACCCUCUGCUGAUCCAGAAACAAAUGUCUAUUGUUUUGGAGUCUUGUUGCUAGAGAUCAUUUCUGGAAAGCUUACCUACUCGGAAGAACAAGGGUGCCUUGUGAAGUGGGCUUCUCAGUACUUAAACGACAAAAGAAGCAUUAGCUACAUGAUUGAUCCGAACCUCAAAUCGUUCAAGAACAAUGAGUUAGAUGUCAUCUGUGAGGUCAUCCAAGAGUGCAUCCAACAAGACGCAAGACAUAGACCAACAAUGAAGGAAGUAACUUCAAAGUUAAGGGCAGUGAUUUCUAUAUCACCAGACCAAGCUACCCCAAGACUUUCUCCACUUUGGUGGGCUGAACUUGAGAUUUUAUCAGUAGAGGCAACCUAAAGUCUACUUUUCAUAUCUCGUAUCAGUGUUGUAUGUCAAGUUCCUGUUUCUCUCUUUGUAUCAAAAUGGUAUAGGAAAGCUUUUUACAUGUGCUCCCCCUGCUGCUUAAGAUGGUAUUGAAAUCCCUUUUUGCCUCCUUUUUCAUCAUCAUUCGUCAUUCCAUUAUAAUCAUAUUCAUAUUCUUUCUUCUUCUUCUUCUUCUUCAUUCUCUAUGCUAAGAAUAAUAAUGCAAAACGAUUGCUGCUAUCAUAUUUUUACAAGUGGGAUGUGGUAACUUUUAAUAUAACACCAGAUAUAUGUACUUAUUUUGUUUCUUUUUUGGGCAAGUAUAUAAUUGUAUUUUGGUGUUGUUUGGGAUGUAAAACUAACACAAUACUGGGAUGCCUCAGACCCUUUGAAUUAUACGUAAAUUUGUGAAACUUAUAUAUUAUUUGUAGGUUGGUGAGAAAUCUUAUUCAAAUAAUUCAUAUUCUUUUUUCA